AUUGCAGUCAGAAAAAAAUCAGUUUUCUGGACUAACACCCUAGCAAGCUAUCAACCAAAAUGAAUUUCGGCAAAAUCUUCGCUUUCCUCGUCAUCGCUUUGCUUGUCAUUGCUGGACAAACUGAGGCCUCGAAAUUGUCCAAAGCUUUGAAGAAAAUCGGACACGCUGGCUCAAAAGUAGUUAGCGGAAUCGAAAAAGGAGCUGAAGUUGUCGGAACUGUUUGUGGAUUGAUUACUUGCUAAGAAAAUUCUGGCAAGCAGAGAUUCCCCCCUUUAAAAUGGCCGCAUAAUUUGUUUAUAAUUUAGCACGAUGGAUACUCAACUCAGCAGCUUUGUAAUAAAAUAAGGAUGACAGCGAA